AUGACGGAACCUGAUGAACUCUUUACGCUUAAAAACCAACUAUGGGUAGGCAACUACCAGAACGUGCUAAGCGAGUGCGCUACGCUCAACCAUAUAAAUGAAGCGCUGAUGAACGAGCGUGAUGUGUACGUGUAUCGUGCGCACCUGGCACUGGGGAACUUCUCUCUCGUCUUGCAGAGUAUUCCAGACACUGGUAACACACCCAUCGCUCUUAGUGCCGUGAAACUCUGGGCGACAUAUCUCAGUGGCCAAGGUGAUAAGGAGAUGAUCGAUCUGACGCUUAAGGAGUGGUUGACCGACCCCAUGAGCGCCGAGAAUGGGCAUCUACUACUCAUUGCCGGCCAAAUUUACACUCGUAACGGAAAACUCUCGGACGCGCUGUCGGCUCUUACUCGUGGUGCCUCACUUGAGCACAUGCUGUAUAUUGUGCAUUUGUAUUUGCAAAUGGACCGUUUGGAUCUGGCUCAGAAGACAGCACAUGAGAUGAAGCACAUCGAGGAGGACUCGACGUUGACGCAGCUGGCACAAGCUUGGUGUCUGACGCUAAAUGGCGGCGACAAGGCUGAUGAAGCCACGCUUCACUUCCAGGAACUGGCAGACAAAUUCGGCUCUACGCCGUUGCUGCUGAAUGGCGCGGCGGUUGCUUUUAUGGCACUCAAGAACUAUGUGGAGGCUGAGCGACUACUGCUUGAAUCGCUUAAAAAGGAUCCUGGCAACGAAGACACGCUUAUCAACUUGAUCGUAGUCAAUACGCAUCUGAACAAAUCCACACAGCAGUACAUUGUGCAGCUGCAGCAGGUGGCACCAUCGAGUUCGUGGCUUGACAACUACGUGAUGUUGGACAAAGGGUUUUCCGAGAUGGCUGCCACAUUUGCGUAA